UUAUGGGUGGUCGUUUUUGCCAGACACAACAUAAAUUGGUUCAAUUCAUCUAACAGCCGUAAUACAUUCAGACAUAUUGCAAAAUUGAAACAAAUGCCAAAUGGCGGUACAUUUCUUGUAUUUCCCUCAGGUUUCCAAGUUUUCUCAAGUAUUUAGCUGGCCGCCAUUUCACAAUAUUUUGCUGUUAACGGUACAAACCACAGAAAAAAUGAAUCAGAGUGACUGAUUAAGUGUACGCAGAGGUGGCGAGAGAAGCCAAAUACUGUACUCAAGUCAGAAUAAUGUGACUCGUCUCAGUAAAAAGCAGUCCUCCAAAUAAUUACUUGAGUAAGAGUAAGAAAGUACUCCGUGAAAAAACACCGAGUGAGUAAGUAGUGAGUAACUUGUGAUUUUUUUUUAAAUAAGAGCAUGAACGUCAAAUAAAAUCCAGUAUGAAUUUGCAAAUUCAUAUAUUGCCAAACAAUAUUAAUUCACCCAAAACAUAAUAAAUACAAUCUUGAUCAAAUAAAAUGAUAUUUUUUAUUAUUUCAGUGUAAAGAAAUUAUACCGGGUGAUUUUUAGCUCUUUUGAAUGUCUCUGUUUUUUCGUUAAACGUGACCCAAAGGUGAUUGUUUUAAUAAUUUAUAGGCCUCCAAGAUACAAUAGAAAAUUUAUGGAGGACCUUUCAGAACUGCUAUCAGUUAUUUGUACUGACUCCAACUAUUUUGUCAUAAUGGGAGACUUUAAUAUUCAUGUUCACAAGAACGUAAUAAAAAUUUAAAGAACUCUCUGCUAUACUAGACACAUUUGACUUCUCUCAACAUAUUAAGAGUCCAACCCACAAUCAAGGUCACAUCUUAGACCUGGUCAGCUCUAAGGAUGUUGAAAUUAUAUCAAUUGACAUUCAGGAUUUGGCUAUUUCUGACCAAUUUUGUGUCUUCUUUGAAUUGCAGAUUCUUCCAAAAGUUCAGACAACCUCUGUCUAUUAAGAAAAGGUACAUAAAGGAGAGUACCGCCACUAAGUUUAUGGACACCAUUGCUGUGCCACAAACUGUGAAUCCUGAGACAGUUGAUGGACUUUUGGAUAAUUUCACCUGUAAAUUCUCAAAUGUCAUGAAUGCUGUCGCUGCUAUUAAAACUAUGACAAUCUUGAGGCGACCUAGAACACCGUGGAGGAGCACAUUGAUGUUAAAGACCUCUAAAUCAAAGUGUAGGAAAGCAGAACGUAAGUGGAGAAAAACUCAACUCCAAAUUGACUAUGACCUCGACAGACAAAGACUUUGUAAUUUUAACCAAGAGUUAGUCAGGGCUAGACAGCAAUCCUUUUCUGAAAUCAUCAUGCAAUGAAUUUGUUUGUUAUUUUAGUGAAAAAAUACAAUCCAUCAGGUUAAAUAUAAGCACAAAUCAGAAAAAUGACGAAAUGAUAUUAUAUCUAUUUCGAUUUUAUUUGCCGUUCAUGCUCUGAUUUAAAAAAACAUUUUGAAGUUACUCACUACUUACUCACUAGGUGUUUUUCCACGGAGUACUUUCUUACUCUUACUCAAGUAACUAUUUGGAGGACUACUUUUUACUUAGACGAGUCACAUAAUUCUAAAGUAAAAGUAUUCUGACUUGAGUACAGUAUUUGGCUUCUCUCGCCACCUCUGCGUACACUUAAUCAGUCACUCUGAUUCAUUUUUGCUGUGGUUUGUACCGUUAACAGCAAAAUAUUGUGAAAUGGCGGCCAGCUAAAUACUUGAGAAAACUUGGAAACCUGAGGGAAAUACAAGAAAUGUACCGCCAUUUGGCAUUUGUUUCAAUUUCACAAUAUGUCUGAAUGUAUUACGGCUGUUAGAUGAAUUGAACCAAUUUGUGUUGUGUCUGGCAAAAACGACCACCCACAACAGGACAUUAACGGAGUGUCAUGGAUAUAAUUGUCUUUUUUUCCAAGCUAAAAUCACUUUGACUGUUGUUUUUAACAUUGUGGCUCCUAAAAUGGCGGCCACAUUGCAAGCCCCUUCGAGAAGACUCACCAUAUUGUGAUGGUCUCUGAAGGUCAAAAGAGGCGUUUUUAUUAUUUUCGUCGGGGUGGAGUGGACAAAAUGUCGGUCAAAUUGGCCGUCAGUUAGCUAGCUCGCUCGUUAGCUUAGCCAUUGCCGCUCUUUGAACUUGACGCGUGACGUCACAAAGAGCACCCCAGUCUUCGCCGUGUGAUUGGCGGAUUGAGUUAUUUUGGGCGGUCCUAAUAAUGGGAAGGACAUAAAUACCAAGUGACCAAGAAAAGCCCAUUCCGAGUGACAUGAUGGAUGAUCGAGAGUGGGAAACCAUUUGGGAAGUGGUGAGCGCGGACUCGGGCAAGAUGCUCAACCAACGAGAGCAGGUCAGCGGUGCACCGUCGGUGGUGAGCAUCAGCCUCCUACCUGUUGGAGUGAUAUUAAGACCGAACUUUUUCGAGCUGGUGCCGGGCCCAGUUCGCCAUCCUCCUCGGCCAUCGCCAGCGAAUUCAGACACAAAGAGGAGGAAAUGCGGAGACACGUCUUAUAUCAAAAAGCCGCCAAAUGCAUUCAUGAUUUUCAUGAAGGCGCAGCGGCCUUUCGUGAAGGCCGCUGCGCCACGGCAAGACAGCGCCGCUGUCAACAAGGUCCUGGGGCAAAUGUGGAAGUCGCUGACGCCGGCUGAGCAGCUCAGUUACUUCCAAGAAUCUGAGCGGCUCAGCCGGAUCCACGCCACCAGGUACCCGGACUGGACCUACAGAGACAACUACGGCAAAAAGCAAAAGAGAAAGUGGGGCAGUGCAGCCACCAGCGUAAAUCAUCUGACCGCGCCUGCGCCACAGCUCGCCGUACCGGCCCCGGUGCCCUCAACGGGGUCCGACGAGGACCUCGUGUCCACUAUUUUGUUGGGGGACACAGACUUUGGGGGCUCCGCACUGAGCCUGGAUGUGGGGCCCGAGGUGGACCUGACGGCGGCCUUGUACAGGCAGCUUGAGGCGCUGGAGGCGGAGGAAGCGGAGCAGACACUUUAAAUAUGUUGCAAAUGUUUUAAUAAAUCUAUAUACAUGUUCUA